AUGCCCGAUGAGUUCCUUGCUAAGAACCCCCCCCCGCUCUGGCUCACUCUCUACCACCUAGUCACCCGCCUCCCUGACUCUCUGCGUGCAGUCAGGGAUCACUUCCUAGCUCGCUGCCCCACUGAGCUCACCAUUGCCCUCCUCGAGAAGGAACUACUUGCAGCUGAGGCUAGCAUAGUCGCUCCUCUGCUUCUGCUGUCGACCUCCUUGGUGCUGAGAAGGUCGGGACUGCGUCUGCUUCGAGCGGGCGCCGCAGGGGCAAAGGGGGCAAGGGAGGCGGAGGUGACGGCGGGGGAGGCGGUGGUGGAGGCGGUGGCGGCGGUGGGGGUGGUGGUGGGGCUGGAGGGACUAGUGGCAGCGGUGGGGGUGGUGGCGGCAGCGGCGGGGGAGGUGGCAGGGGCGGGGGCGGUGGUGGGGGCGGCGGUGGUCGCGGCGGCAGCGGCAGGGGAGGGGGUGGUCGAGGAGGUGGCGGCGGCGGUGGUGGUCGUGGAGGCGCUGGCAGUGGCCAGAGCCAGCAGCACACUCCGUCACCCCAGGAGGCCCACGUGUGGGAGGGCGCACACCACGCAGCGCUGCUUCUCUCGCCUCGACGACGCCUGGCGUACUCAGUUCCCUGAUGCCACUGAGCUGCCCCGCUGGUUUGAUCUGAUGAAGAAGGGAGUUGAUAUCUAUGCUCUAGACUUUGAUGCUAUUCUCACUGCCAUGUAUGUGAUGUCUACUAGUGGAGAGGGUGCUCAGUACCUGUGUGUUCCGCCCGACCCGGGCAUUCGGACCAGUGAGGCUGCCGCUCUAGGUGCUAGUGAGACUGCCACUCCAGGUACUCGCGUGUCUGCUACCCCAGGUGCUGGUGAGGCUGCUGCUCUAGGUGCUCGUGAGUCUGUGCCCCCUGGUACUGAGUCGACUGAGGCACUGCACACCUUCACACUGGACUCAGGUGCUUCUCGCUGUUUCUUUCGUGACCGCACUGUCCUUGAGCCGCUGGCUCGGCCAGUUGCUGUCUCCCUCGCUGACCCCUCUGGGGGUCCGGUCAUUGCGACCUCCUCCACUGUCCUUCCUUGUCCUGCGGUCCCGACGGGGGUGUUCACCAGUUCACCCCUGCCUACGAGCGCGUGA